UGCGGCGACUGUCUUUGAUGCGCAUGUGCAAUAAUUAUGAUCCAUCGCGCGCUUAAAUCCAGUUGGAACUGGUCUGGCCGGGUUCAUAGAAGGUCACUCAUCAAGAAAAGAUCAAGAAAGAAUUAAAUCUAAUUUAACAGACAAGUGUACUGUAUAAGAGAAGUAUACGAGAAUGGUGCAGCCUGUAGCAAUUUUUAAGCUUGUGCUUGUCGGAGAUGGGGGCACUGGAAAAACAACCUUUGUAAAACGGCACUUGACUGGAGAAUUUGAAAAAAAAUAUGUUGCCACUCUUGGCGUUGAGGUACAUCCACUGGUUUUUUACACCAACAGUGGUCCGAUACAAUUCAACGUGUGGGACACAGCUGGUCAGGAGAAGUUUGGAGGGCUUCGAGACGGCUACUAUAUCCAGGGGCAGUGUGCCAUCAUCAUGUUUGACGUGACCUCUCGAGUCACCUACAAGAACGUUCCCAACUGGCAUCGUGAUUUGGUCCGCGUGUGUGAAAACAUUCCCAUUGUACUAUGUGGGAACAAAGUAGACGUGAAAGACCGCAAAGUGAAGGCAAAGGCUAUUGUCUUUCACAGAAAGAAAAAUUUGCAAUACUAUGACAUCAGUGCCAAGAGCAAUUACAAUUUCGAGAAACCUUUUCUAUGGCUGGCACGGAAACUGGUUGGAGAUCCUAAUCUAGAGUUGGUGGAAGCCCCUGCACUAGAACCACCAGAGGUUCAAAUGGACCCUUGUCUUGCACAACAAUACGAAAAAGAUUUAAAAGCCGCAGCAGAUACUGCUUUACCAGACGAAGAUGACGAUGACUUGUAACCUUUUAGUUGACACCUUCCCUGCGUUGCAUCCAGGACAUUGCUUUAAUUAUUAAUUCAUUGCUGUAUAAUAAUUUUACUUUAAUUAAUAUCCACGUGUAAUGAAUAAUUUGUUGGCACCUUUA